AUUUGCUCUCCUAUUUUUAUGUCUUUUAUAUAAAAUAUUGCUCUCAGUUUCUUUCCUUUUUUUUUUUUCUCUUCUUUACUAUAUUUAUUUAAUGCAGCCGGAACUUCCUUAUAGCAGCAUGUCGACACCAAGAAAAAGGAGAAGUAGCGAUACAUCCAUGGAUAUAAAUCCCAUCAACAAAGCACUACCAAAUUCUCAGUCAAUGUCAUGCUUACAUACAGUCAACAAAAUACCAAAGCAAAGUCUUCUUAUUCAACGUAUUCCACCUCCAAGGAAAGUAUCAGAGGGAGAUAUCAUCUUAAAGCGACCACCUAUUCCUCCCAGAACUAGCAGUAUGCCUCUAAGAUUAUCUUCAAAAGUUACAACUCAGACUAAAAUAAUAAAUGAUGAACAUUCUUGGACAGCGCUACUAAGGAUUCAUAGAAAGGAAAAUGAGGCUAACAAGCGUAUACGAUCCAUUGAAAAAUACAAGAAAGCACAUGAUGAAAAGAGAACAAUAAAGGUUGUAGAAAAUAACAAUGUAGUCUUGAUACAUGAGUGGGUUCAAGGCAGAUAUCAAAUUGUAGCUGGUAAAGCAGAUACACUAUUUGAUAAGCUUUUGGAUGAAGACGAUGAUUAUCUCGAUGCUUACUUGAUGAAUCAUGCAAACUUUAUACCUUCUACACAAUUACUAGAUCAGCUUAUUGACGUAUUUUAUACUCGAAAGUUAUAUCAAACAAGGCAAGUUUAUUGUGUAUCCUAUUACACUUGAAAAAUAAUCAUUCUGUUUCCAGAAUCCUUUACAUCAUUCGUCG